AUGGAUUUUCAAACUUGUUUUUCUCCAACUAAAUGUACAAGCCAGAAGAAAGAUCGUCUUUUCCCAGAAGAUAGAUCUCCACAAAAAUAUUACCCUUCUCCAAAAUUCAAGAAAACUUCACCAAAAUAUAAUACAGAUUUAUACGAAUCUUUAAUAAAUCAGAACAGUCCUGACCAAGUAUUCAUUAAGUCAUCGCCUAUUAGAGAGAUUUCAAGUCCUAAAUUCAAAGGAAAAUACACUUUUUUAACAAAUCCAAACGUUCAUCCCGUUAUUUCAUUAAAUGUCCCUUCAGUAUCAUCAGAUUUCUACAUACAUCCUAUUGAUUGGUCAAAGAAAGAUCAGAUCUGCGUUACAUCGGAUAAUUCAGUUUAUUUUUUCAAUUCAAAUAACAGAAAUUCAAAACAUAUUCUCACAAACAUAGAAAUUCCCUCAUCAUGUGGGUACAGCAAUGACGGAAACAGCGUCACAAUUGGCACUCGGUGUGGAAACAUUUACGUUAUUAAUUCAAACACUUUUCAAGCCGAAAGCUGCAUGCAAAUAUAUGAUUCCACUAUAUCCGUAAUUCGAAAUACAUCACAAGGAACUCUUAUCGGCGAUCAAGAUGGAAAUAUUUUAAGGUUUGACAGCCGAUGUCCUACGAAUUUAGAUGUAAUCUCUGCUCAUGAGUCCGAAGUUUGCAAUAUAGCUAUUAGCAACGAUGGAAAUCAUUUUGCUACAGGAAGUAACGAAAAUACUGUAAAAAUUUGGGACUUUAGAGCGUUAUCUAACCCGUAUUCCUCAUACUGUGAGCAUUCUGCUGCUGUCAGAGCCUUGUCUUUUUCAAGUAUUAAUCCAGAUCUGAUUGUAUCUGGCGGAGGAACGACAGAUAAGACGAUUCGGAUAUGGGACAUUAAUACUUGUGUUACUAGUAAGACGGUUCAGACAGGAAGCCAGAUCUGUAACUUAAUUUGGAACGAAAGAUACGAUACGAUACUUUCUACUCAUGGAUUUUCACAAAAUUCAAUAUGUUUGUGGAGUUCACAGCUUAAAUUGAUGAAUUCCAUUAAAAUUCAUAAGAACAGAGUUUUAUAUUCUUGUUCAUCUCCAGAAUCAACGCAUGUAUUGACUGCUGCUCCUCAUGACAAGGUUUACAUUUGGAAACUGUUUCCAAAGCAUGAAUCUAUGUCUGUUCAGCAGAUUUUCUCUCUAAGAUAA